AUGAAACUCAUCCGUACUGAAGUCUCGAGACACUUUCGGUUUGUGAUGCUUUCUCAUCGCUGGGGUGAAGGCGAGCCAUCAUUGCGCAACGUCGACGGCCACCCGAUAUAUGGUAUGUCAUCAAACGGCGGCUUCGGAAAGCUCCAAGCCUUCUGUCUUGUUGCCUGCGAGCGGGGUUACUUGUGGGCAUGGAGCGACACGUGCUGCAUAGACAAGGACAGCAGUGCGGAAGUGCAGGAAGCAAUAGGAUCAAUGUUUGUGUGGUACCGACGGUCUGCCCUGACCAUUGUGUACCUCUCUGACAUUCCUGAUACCGGUUCGUUUGGGAGCAGUGAGUGGUUCGGACGUGGGUGGACCCUCCAAGAACUACUGGCUCCUGGAAACAUACUGUUCUACACUCAGUCCUGGUCACUUUACAAGAAUCUCACGUCUUCGAACCAUAAAAAUGAUGCUACUGUGCUGGAAGAGUUGGAGAGGGUAACUGGAAUAGAGUCCCGGUCCCUCACCGACUUUUCCCCGGGUAUGGAUGACGCACGCUCAAGACUGCAAUGGGUGUCACUGCGUCGCACAACGCGGCCUGAGGAUAUUGCCUAUUCACUUUUCGGGAUCUUCAAUCUCCACCUGCCCAUUCUGUAUGGUGAAUCUGCUGAGAAUGCACUUGGCCGUCUCCUGGCCAAAAUCAUAUCACAGUCCGGAGACAUCUCGGUGCUGGAUUGG